AAUCAGUCAAACUUUUUAGUAUUUUGUGAUUAUUUUUGCUGUUAUUCCGCAAGGGGCUGUAAAAUAUGGGAGACGAGGAGAGAUCUAUGGAGGCGGAGAAGGAGGGGGAGACGGAAAUGAAGAUUGUUCUUCACUGUCCUCCGAUAUACCCACUGCCUGAAGAGAUAAAAAAGAUGGAGCACAGCGAGACAGUCUGUCGUUACUGCGGUGUAAGCUACCUCAUUUACCACGAGUUCCAUCAGCUCCACACCCGAUUGGUUCAGAUGGAGGAAGAGCUCCAGGAGCUGAGAGAGACCAUCCAGAGAGAGAAGGCCCAACGAGAAGCACUGGAGCUGGGCAGGCUGGAGUGGGAGAGGGCAGUGCACCUGGAGGCACUGAGGCAGGCAGAGGAGAAAGAGAAAACCGUAAGAGAAGACAUAGAAGAGAGGAAUAAAGACACAGAGAGAGCUCUGAAAGACGAGUAUGAAAAAAAAAUUGAGAAGAUGAGGCAAGAAAUCAAAGAUGAGUAUCAGAAAAUAAGCAAAGAAAAAGAGAGACAAGUGAGAAGAGAGCUGGGAGACUUGGAGGCGGAGACACUGAGGAAGCAGCGAGAAGAGCUGGAGAGGAGGGCCGAGGGGAGAGAGAAAGUUCUGAGUGACGCACUUCAAAAGGCCAAUAAAAAUUUAGACGAGCUGAGAAAAUACUUCCAACAGCUGAAAGAGAGGCUGGCAGUUGCGGCUUCCAUGAAGGAGGAGGCAGAGAAGUUACUCGGAAAAGAGAAGCAGCAAAAUGAAAUUCACAGAGGAGUGUGUGUGCAGCAGCAGCAGGCCCUGCGAGCCACUCUCUCUGUUCUUCGAUCCUCCGGCAGUGAGCUCACAGAUGUACAGGGUUUCCUCAGCCAGCUGCUGAGGGCAUGGCAGGCCUUCAAAUCUCAGAUACUGCAGCACACCACACAGGUGUUCUCAGUGCUGACGGAGGAGCUCAAGCAUUCCAGAGUGGAGUUACAGAAAACGAGAGAAGAGAAAGAGCGCCUAACUCAGCAGGUGAUAGAGCAGAGGAGACUGAGCGAGGAGCAGCUGUCCCAACAGAAAGACUCUGAGAACGAGCACAGAGAGAAACUACUCAGGUUAAAAGAGGAGUUGGAGGAGAAAAACAAGAUGUGGUUGUCAUGCCGAGAAAGGUGUGAUGCCAUACAGGAGCAGCUGUUGUCAUGGCGGCAGAAAGAGGGACAGAUGAGCCGGAAGUACUGUGCAGCUGAAGAGGAAGUGACACGACUGGGAGAAUCUCUGAAGAAGGCCCAGCAGGAAACAAGAGAGCUGAGGAGAGAAAGAGAGAUAUUGAUAGAGUCCCACACCAGAUCUCUGACCAAGAUGGAGAAGGGCUAUAAAGAGCAAAUGUCCUCAAAGCUGGCUGUAGCCCUGGAAGAGCAGAGAACCCAGAAUGCAUUGCACCUGAGGGAGCAGAUGGAGGAGCUCCGCAGGGACCUGGAGUUAGAGCUUACUAUUGACAGGGAGAAGAACCGACUGUUGCUUCUACAGUACCAGCAAGACAGCACACAGCUUCAGCAGAAGGUGGCGUUACUCCAGGAGACAGUGAGAAGGGAGUGUGAGGAGAGGGAGGGCCUGACUGCUGCUCUGUCUCAAGCUCAAGAUGAGCUUAUUGGACUGCAAUCCCUAGUGUCUCAUCAGGGCUCCUCCAGGUCUCUCCACCCCAUGGAGAGACACACUCCCCCAGGGAACAACCAUUUCCAUCUCCAUAGUCAAAGCCGGGUACCUCUUGCUCGCUCUUUGAACUCCCCAAACACCCUGCGACCCUCCCCUAGCUGCACAGACAAAGACAGAGCCCGGGGCACAGAUGGAGGAGGAGCAGGGAGGAGUUUUGAGUCUUGGAAUCGUGGUAGAGAAAAAAGACGUGAGGGGACACUGCCCAGACUGAGUGAAGUCCAACAUAAGGUCAGUUUAGGGAUAGAGAGGAAGAAGAGCCUAUAA